AUGCCGUUACCCAAGCAAACUGCACUCGUCUUUCGACUCCGUCAACUCAAGAAAGAACGGCAAGGCUAUUCCAAGGCAAAGCAUCGAGAGCUUGCAAAGCUGUUAAAAGAAGGCCGGGAGGACUUUGCUCGUAUAAAGACGGAAGAUGUUAUUUCGAACGAUAACCUGAUAGCGGCCCUUGAGGUGCUUGAGCUGCACUGCGAGCAGCUGCAAGUUCGGGCCAAUAUUCUGGACCAUCUCGCUUUUGGGCAGAAGAAGAAUAAAACGCCAGUGAGGCACAGAGGCAAGGCACAACGGGAUGCGAGAUUGAAAAACUCUGCUGGCGGAGCUAAAGCUGGUUCGCAUCCUGCUGGUGAGGGAACCAAACCUACCUCUGGGGGUGGUUGGGGGAUAUGGAACCUCUUCGGUUUCUCUUCGACGCCUACUUCUUCAUCACAACAGCUCGCAGAGAGCCUGCCAGGUCGUUCACCAGAUGAACCGGUAGUUCAAACUGAGGGAAAUGAUGGAGAUGUUACAGAACAGCAAUAUGAGGUUUAUAUAGACCCUGAACUUGAUCGCUCCGCAGCGGUGGUUUUCUAUUGCUACGCCCGAAUACCUCGUGAUGUCCCGGGCCUAUUAGAAGUGAAGAAUAAACUAUCUCUACGUUGGGGAAGUGAUUUUGUCAGCAGAGCACAAGAUGACGACGAUCUGCCGGUAGAGCUACCGGAGAUUCUGCUGGAUAGACUACGAGUUCGAAAAGCCCCGGAGUCACUCGUGGAGAGCUACUUGACUGAAAUUGCAAGGAGCCAUGGGAUACCAUACGGUGAUAUCAUCAUAGACGAGGAACAGGAAGCAGGAAUAUCAAUAAACGAUGCUCACCCAGCAGAAACAAAAAACGGCGAAGCACGGUCAACACAAGGGGCCUCUGGGGGCUCCGAAGCUCGUUCAGAGGCGAGCAAUACAGCUGCCGCAAAGGACACUGCGAGUAAACUUGGAGGCAUACCCGAAGUAGAUGAGCUUGCCCGGAGGUUUGCUGCUUUAAAGAAAUAA